ACAAUUCAUUAAACCAUGAAUUUCCUUAAAAGCCAAUCUCUCUGCUCGCUUUCAAAUUCAAACAUACAGGAUGACAUUUUGAUGAAAAAGCUCCUCCUUACACAUGAUCCAGAUGGUCGUUGGCUGGAUUCUGAGACAAUGCUUCAUGCAGUGGGCAACAUCAUGUUUCAUGCUUCUACAACACAAGGGGUUCCGAGUUUACAUUUUACCUCCCUUUCGAAGGAUGAUAUAUACGAAAUUGAAUUGCUUGGUUGUGCCGAACCAGUUGGAAGCAUCAUCAGUAAAAUUUCAUGCAUGCAGAUAAUGUCCAAAUGCUCUGUGGAAGGAGACAUCAAUUCAAAAACCAUGGGUUUGUUCGACUUGUUAGGGAGCUACAGAUGGGAUGCUAAAGUUGUUCUCGUUAUUGCCGCUUUUGCUGCAAAAUAUGGUGAAUUCUGCGGACUCAUGCAGCUAUACCAAAGCAAUGCAUUGGCGGUUUCAGUUACGAGGCUUAAGCAGCUACCCGUGGACUUAAGGUCGCUGAAACCUCGACUUAAGGCAUUGAGCUUGUUGGUUAAGACCAUGAUGGAGGUGGCUAAGUGUAUCAUCAAGUUUGAAUCUCUUCCAAAUCUAUAUACAGAGCUGGGCAGUGACAUCCUCCAUGUAACAAAAUUCCAUAUUUACGUAGCUGUGUACUGGACCACCAGAAGUAUUUUUACUUGCUUUUCUCAAGUCGCAGAGUUCACAACCAAGAAACAUGAGCAAGUGUAUUCUGAUUCAACAAUACUUGCAGCCUGGGAGCUUUCAAGUCUGGCUUAUAGAUUAAGCAGCAUAUGCAACAUUCUCAAAGGGCAAGUGGAUUUGUGUCACCAAGAAAUAGGGAGAAACUUGCAUAACAGGCUACUGAGUCUCGCAGCUGAGGUCCAAAAUGAUAAUCAAGGAUUUCUCAGUUUAUUAUUUCCAGUGAAGGAUUACUUGCCACUUAAGGAUUGCUCAACCCAAGAAAAGAUUGGUGUGUCUGAAUUAAAAAAUAAGAUUGUUGUGUUGCUGAUCUCAAAAACAGAGCAGCUUACGCUGGAGGAAUCACUCUUGUUGGUUCAGCAAACAUAUGAUCAUCCUUUGAGUGAGAGAGACAGCUAUAAGAUCAUCUGGGUUCCCCUUCCAUCUUCUGAUGAGUGGACUGAUGCUGAAGAAACUCGUUUCAAUAUUCUAUCAGAAUUCUUGCCUUGGUAUACUGUUCGGAAGCCUAGGCUACUCAGCUUAGCAGUAGUGAAGUAUGUCAAAGAAGAGUGGAACUACAAGGAAGAGCCCCAAAUGGUAGUCCUAGAUUCAAAUGGAAAUGUUAUAAAUUCAAAUGCAAUUGAUAUGGUCAAAAUAUGGGGACCUCAAGCUUACCCCUUUUCGGCUUCAAAAGAGUCAGAGCUCUGGCAAGAUGAGAAUUUGACAAUGAGGCUACUGAUAGAUGAUAUCAACCUUUUGCUUGCUUAUUGGGUUGAGGAAGGCAAAGAUCUCUGCCUCUACGGGUGUGACAACUUGGGGUGGAUUCGAAAAUUCAAUGGUAAAAUAGAGGAGCUCAAACGACAAGGUCUGCAGCUGGAAACCGUAUAUGUUGCAACGAGCCAGUUAAGUGAACAUGUAAAAGAAAUAAUGGAAACACUUGCAAAUGAAUUUGAUCCCAGUAAUUUACUUCUAUUCACAAAAUUACAAUUCUUUUGGCUUCGACUGGAGAGCAUGAGAAGAUCAAAAGUCAGACUGGGAAAGACAAGUUCUGAUCAAGUGCUAGCAGAGUUGUCUGCGUUGUUAGACAUGAACGAGAAAAAUGAAGGUUGGGUGGUGAUUGGAAGAGGGAGUUCAAGUGACAUCACAAGGCUUCAAGGAAGGCAGAUAAUAGAAUGCCUGGAGAAAUAUGAAGAGUGGGGAGAUAAUGUGGAGGCAUUGGGAUUGGUGGGUGCCAUUAGGAAUUUCCUACAACCUCCACUAGUUGAAGGGCCUUGCAGCCACUCUUACUUGGUUCCCUCUUCUCAAGCUCAGGUUGGAGGAACUGUUGUUUGUGAUGUCUGCAAGCGAACAAUGAAGAAGUAUGUUGUCUACGUGUGA